UUACAGUGAGAACGCGCGCGCGGUAAUUUCCGUAUGUUUGUUAAGCGUUGAGCGAGCGCAGCAAGUCGCAGUGAAUUAUUGGAACGUUGUGGCAGACGCGUACAAUAGGAGUGAGUAAAUUAGCUGCUGGCAGUUGGUUCGACGAACGUUAGACCAGAAUCGAAAUAGAGGAACACGUAAGCGGCGAGAUCGAGUGGAUAGAAUAGCGGUAAACAGUGAUAGUGUAAAAUGGCUGUGGAGAGGUCAAGCAAAAUGCAUUUCGUUACCAGUAGCCUUGGCUAUGGCAGGGCGAUUGUACUCUUGGCGCUUGUAUAUGGUUUGCAGCAUAUUGGCGCUCAAAAUCUGCCGCAGCAACAAGUUUGUCCGGAACAAAAUGAUAUAGCACCUUGUGUUUGCACGUUGAAGAAAAACGGAUUGGACAUUUUGUGUGAAACAACCGACUUGGCACAUAUAACAAAAUCAAUGGGUACUCUGAAAGGCCAGAGUCCCAUCAUAUUCUAUUUGAAAUUGCGCCACAACAACCUUCCCAAAUUGCAAGGCUUUGUUUUCUUGGCAUUGGAUAUCCGCCAUUUAACAAUUCACAAUAGCAGUUUGGCUGCCAUAGAAGAGAAUGCGCUCAGCUCAUUGGGUAAUGGACUCACGCAGUUGGAUGUUUCGCUAAAUCAAAUGAAAACGGUGCCAUCAGCUGCAUUAAAGCAUCUCUUCCAUUUGUUGAUCCUAAAUUUGAAUCAUAACAAAAUUAGCGUUAUCCACAAUAAUGCUUUCGAGGGCUUGGACACAUUGGAGAUACUUACAUUGUAUGAGAACAAAAUUACUACAAUUGAACCGGAAGCGUUCAGAGGAGUUGAGAAGCGAAUUUCAGAAAAUCUUCAAUAUCUCCGCUUGGGUGACAACAAGAUUCAAUCUAUACCUAGCGAUGCCUUACGUCCAUUACAUCGUUUGCGUCACCUAGAUUUAAGGAAUAACAACAUAAGUUUUAUACAAGAGGAUGCUUUCACCGGUUUUGGAGACUCGCUCGCAUUCCUCGAUUUCCAGAAGAAUGACAUAAAAGUAUUGCCGAGUAUGAUUUUCGAAAAUCUCAACUCUCUUGAAACGCUCAACAUUCAAAAUAACAAAUUAUCACGCAUUCCACUGGAUAUAAUGGAGCCAAUUACUGAUACGUUGCGCAUAAUCGAUAUCACAGAUAAUCCAUUGAUAUGUUCAUGUGAGCUUACAUGGUUCCCAAAGCUUUUACAGGACCUGAAGAAUCGAGAUGACGAGAUGGCGCAGAAGAAAAAGCCCGUUUGUCACAUGCCUAUCGAAAACCGACAAUACUACGUACAAGCAAUGCCAUUGGAAAAGAUGCACUGUGGCGGUAUAAGCGCCGGCACAUCCAUCUACAAUGGGAUGCAGUUACGUGUGCCGCAUUUGAGUAUGGUCACCAACGCGGCCGUUAGCAUAUUUGCGUUAAUGCAUAUAUUUUAAAAACUCACCGCAACGGCAGUAAACAAAUGAGCAAUUACUUCGGUAUAUUGGCUCGCUCUGAAUGCCAUUUGUAAGCGAAUGUGUUCAGCUAUCAAAUCGAAUUCAACUAUUUGAAGGAAUUAUAAAAUGGAGAACUGUGAACGGAUGCCUUCGGAUUGUGGGCAGAAACAAAAUAUAUAUGUACAUAUCUACAUAUGUCGACACGUACGCGUAACGGUAGAGAGAGAGAGUCAUAGAUACGCGCCAAUAUAUAACUGUUCAAAAUUCAACAAACAUACAUAUCAUGAAAGAUGCCAUUAAAUUCUUACACAAACAUUUAUAUAUUUAAUAUGUAGGUAUUAAGGUUUUGUGACAAUUAAAAAAAAAAUCUGAGAGAAUUGUAUUAAGAUUGUUCUAUACACAUACACAUGUGUAAGUAUAUGUACACUAAAAGAUUAGCCUUUUUUUUGAAAGAUUUUUUGCUGAGGGUACCUAGUGUAAGAAAAUAACUUUGAAACUAAGCAGCUAUGUUUGUAUGAAGCUUACGUGCAAGUAUAUUUAUUGAAAUUAUACAUCUACUAUAUGUAUUCCUAUUCAAAUAUUUGCUAAAAGGUAUUUUCUAAAUGUUUGUUAAAACUAUUUAUUUAUACUUUCUUUUUAUAUACACUAUUGAUAAAUAACGCAAAUUCAAAGGGAAGCUACUAAUGCAAAAUAAAUGUCAUCGUUGUGAGAUACAAUCAUUUUUGGGUUUGUGUAAAUUAAACAAAAAAGAGUGAAGUCAACUGCAAAAAUGCAACAAUGAAAACAAAAACAUUACAAACAAAUAGUAAAUGCGUUCGAAAAUAGUAAACGCUUACUAAAACAUUUUAUUUUAAAUUGUAUCCAAAGGACGUGUAAAGCAAAAUAUGUAGCUGGUUGUUCUGUUACCCAAUAUUAACGCGUGACAGGAACAGGAAUUAAAGCGGGACUUAUUUGAAUUGGAAUGCGGAAGAGGCUACCGCAGGCUAGGUAGAGGAAUAGAAUGUGAGUUGCAGCUUAUCUGUCUUAGACAUUCUUUAAUCGAUUGCAAAAAGGGAAAGUAUUACCGAACUCCAAAUAUAGACACACCCCCACGAAAGUCACAAGAACUGAUUAUGGAAUAAGUAGUUUGUACUCGUAAAUAAUGUGAGCAAACAAAAUUUUUUUUAACCGUAUUAUGAUUACUAUGUGUACAAAUUUGGCUAGUUAAAAUAUGAAGCUUUUGAUUGAUCAAGACACACAUACAUAUUUACAUAUGGACAGAUUCAAUGAGAGCAAUGCUAAAUCCCCAAUAAUUUCAGAUGGGAUGAAUAGUUAACUACGUACUUGAAAACUACUUUUUCAGUGAAAGUUAACCUGUGGUGAAUUUUUAAGCUACACUUAAAAGAGAUUACACAUGAUACAAAAAGUGCGCAAUAUGACUCAUGACAGAUAACUUCUACCUUUAUUUGACUAGUUUACUUCACUACGACAAACAUUUACAUUUUACAUAACUCCAAACAGAUCAGUUUCAUUUUGUUGUGCUUCCCGAGCAAAGGUAGAGGACAGAACUACUUAAACAGAUGAAGCAUAUUAUUGAACAAAUGCUUGGUUGAAUUUAUUUCUCCCGAAAGCUUAAACAACAAUACCUAAAAAUGUUAAUAUUCGACUCGUCGCAUUAACUAAUAUUAGGAGAGUCCAUUGCAGUAGCUUCGCAUUAUAUCGCACAUAUCACGCUAAGCUAUAGUGUUUAAUCGGGCAAACCGAUAGACCUAAAUACGUACAUACAUAUAUAACACAUACAUAUGAACAUGUGCCAGUCAUGUGCAAGGUAGAGAUUAAAGGCAGACACAAAUUUUUAUAAAAACUUUCCAGUUAAAUGCGUUUAAUUAGGAUAAAAAAAUUUUGUUGACAAUUUGAGAUUAUGUAAAUGCAUACAUACAUAUGUACGUAUAUACAAACAUAUGUAUACAAACGAAUAUUAGAGUAUCUAAAUCAAUCAAAUCGAAGGUAAUGAGUAACAGCAUAGAAUCUUUGAAAAAUGAAAAUAUGCAAAUAUUUUCAAAAUGGGUCAGUAAUCAAAGGUUGUAUGUUUAUACUCAGAAACUGAAUUUUUACACAAACCAAUUAAAGUAAAUGUAUAUUAGCGAAAAUUGUGGUCUUUGAAAUAUUUAUUUUGAGUAUAGUAUUUAUAACACACAGCAAUUUUUAUAUGUAUACAUGUUUAUUUAUUCUAUUUUAAAUGUUUACAAAAUUAGUUUCUCUUUAAACCAACGAGCAGCUUUAUCAAAGGGUCAGAUUGUGGCGGCACUUGGUUUAAAAGAGGUCAGUGAAAUGUCGUUCCUUUUCCGUUCCUUUAUAUAGAGAAUAAGUUUUUAAAAUAGGGAUAUUUAUAGCAAAUAUUUGUAUUAAGUUUAACGGAAAUAAAGAACAGCCAGGUUAGUCAAAAAACAACAA